CUCAUGUUCCCCACGCGCUUCAAGUAGAUGAUGCGUUGAUAUUCUUGCUAUUCUCAGGAUUAAUUGAUGCUCAUAUCGAGAUAACUUGCGCACUCCGCGCGCCACACUUGCGUCUGCAGCUUAACUGCUUGCACCUCCGUCAAAUUAGCGCGACUAAUCGCCCUCAAUCACAGCAUCUCGACUUCUUCAACACAUGCGACCUCCGUCCAUCUACAGUCCGCCGGUCUUUCUCUCCGUGUACAGUGAUCUACCGAAUUGUACAUGCGUCACAUGACAGAGCCUGCAAUAUACGGCUGAGGACUCUCGCUGAGUCACGACUCCACCAAAGCUAGCAUGGUCCCGUCAGCCACAUGUUUGCCUUGAACUCCCAACCAGAUGCUUCAAGUACUUAAACCACACGGCCGCACCAUCUUGUAGCAGACUAUACGCGCCUUAAACAUCACUAUUGAGCUUGCAAUAGCAUGGCGAAUACAAGAUGCCAACAGCAUCGACCAAUUGCUGGACGUGCAAGCAGCGGAAGGUUGGGUGUGAUCGAGCAUUGCCAUAUUGUCUCAAUUGCCAAAAAGGUCAACGGACAUGUCAGGGUUAUGGCAUCCGCCUGGCCUGGCCGGAUAAGCAAGACGGCCGGCGCAAGCAAAAGAGAUAUGAAGUGAAAGAACAGAAGGUAAUUACCAGAUACCUGAAGCAGCAAGACGGCUGUCUAGCCUUCCUGAAUACAGUCGUCGAAGACCUGAACGGCUCCAAGCUGGCUGUACAGGAUCUUAUCAAGCACGGGUUGAUGGCCACCAUGUCGACCAUGGUCCCGAUGCCCAUGGGGCAUGUUCAAAUUUGUGAGCAAGAUGGCAUGCUACUCAAUCACUACGACAUGCAGAUAGCGCGCAUGACAACUACGAUCGAUGACGAGUCCAACGGCUUCCGUUUAGCAUUGAUCCCCAUGGCCCUUUCGUCACCCGACUUGUCUGCGCGAAGCAUAUUGCAUACAACCUUGGCGAUAGCAUGCUAUCACUUAGGUCGCCCACAACAGGCGCUAAAGCAUAAGUUUCAAGCAAUCAAGGACUUGAGCGACAGCCUUGCCACCUUGUCAAUUCAACACGUGGAUUAUGCGACCAGAACCCGCCAUUUUGCAGCUUCGAUGAUGUUGUGCGUGUACGGUGUCUUCGAUGAGUCAGACACAGCCUGGCACAUGCACCUUGAAGGUGCCAAGUUGUUGCUCGAUACUAUCCCGGAGAAGGUGAAGUCCGCCGCUGGUUUCGAGUUUCUGAAGCCCUGGUUUCGGUACCACUACAUAUUCAGCCAGUAUACGUACCCACCGCACACGACGGACCUAGAAAUCAAACUGCCAGACGACACGCCUGAAAAUAGCAAGAUCAUCGGUGUGCUAGGCUGCUCCACUGAAGUACUCGAACUGAUCGGAUGUAUCAACCAGUUGCGCGGCGUUCAGCCUCGUGCAGAUACUUCCGUGUGUCACACCGCCAAUCCUUUUGUCAGCCACCCUACGAUACUAGCUCGAAUAGAAAAUCGUCUCCUGGACCUGCAGCAAGUACUAGUAACUCAUCCUGGCUCAACGUCUGGUACUAUUGAUAACGCACGUAUCAUCUCCACAGCAGAGCUGUACCGUAUCGCUGCAGUACUUUAUUUCUAUCAAAUCAUCCCUGCGACGAUAACGCCUGUAGUCGACCCUCAUUAUCUUCUUUGCAAAGGUCUCAACAUACUCUGGGAAAUGAAUAUCUGCAGUAGUCCUUGGCCAUUAUUCAUUCUGGCUUGCAGUGUCUCUGACGACGUAGAUCGCAUUCGGAUAUUGGAUCUUAUGGAGACAAGCGGGUCAAGCAGGCGCAUCGGGAACUACAGCAUCAUCAUUGCGCUAGUAGAGGUUGUGUGGAAGAGACAGGAUCUCAUGAUUGAGGAGAAGGCGAAAAAGAAAAUUGAUUGGAGAGACCUCGUUGAGGAGAGUGGAUACAUGCCUUCCUUUAUCUGAUACUAGCUCGCGCGGGACCACUCCGCAGUGUUCCCUGUGGGAAAUGUUGAAUGUUUGCUUUAAUCUUCUUCCGUCCGACUUCUCCCUGUGUACGAGUCCCUAGAUUCCCCAAAGUGUGUUUUCGAAUACG